AUGAAUAAUACUCAAGAAGAACAAUCAUCAAAACUAAUUGAUUUUAAUGUCAAUAAUAAUAAUAAUAACAACAAGAAUAACGAUGAAAUAGAUUUAGAUCUGGAUUUAUUUGAAGACAUCAGUGAUUUAAACCGAGAGAUAGAAGCACUCGAAGAAUUGGUUGAAUAUGAGAUAAGAAUGGAAUCAAUGAAAGGAUCUAAAAGCGAAACAAACAUUUGCCAAAAGAAAUUGCAAACAAAAUCAGAAGAUUGUAAUUCUGUGAAGAAAUCGAAAGACUUAAGAAAAGAGUUUACAGAAAGAAGAAAUUCUGUUCAAACAAAUGGCUGUAAAUCUUCACCUCCGCUGUCAUUCAUUCCUAGAUGUCUGCCAUCAGUCAAACCACGAAAAUGCAUGUCUUAUGGCAAUCUGACAACACUUUAUGCUACAUAUAAUAAAUCAAAACCAAGUCAAUGGCACCAAAAUUCAACAAAAAUACAAAAUUCAAAAUCAGUCCAAAAAUCCAAAACUCGAAUACUAUCGGAACGCAAGAAAAAUGAUGUUUUCAGAAAUGAUUUAACGGAUAUCAAGAAAUGUGUUCAUCAAAAACAAUCAAAGAAUACCAUUAAAAGUAAAUCACUAAUUGAUUUGUCGACAAACUAUAAUUCAGGUGAGAUUCAAAGUGCCAACAGUUGUGAACAAUCGAUUGAUAGGAGCAAUGAUUGUGAUGUUGUUGUGGUUGAUAAUAAUGUAGUCAAUAGUGAAUGCAUUAAACAAUUAUUGACUGAAAGCAAUCAAACAGAAAGUUCAUUGCAAUCAAAGGCAAUAACUAUUAGCGGAACGGAAUCUCAAAGCCAUUCAUCAGAAGAUUCAAGUGAUCAACAAAUACUAAAGCAAAACGACGAAAGUCAUCGACAAAAGCUUAACUUAAUUGAAUGCUCUGCUAAUAGACAUACCAUUGCUGACGAUGACAAUCAUAUUGUCGUUGACAGCAAUGACUUAAAACAACAGCAUUCAUCUCAAGACACUUCAUCUGAUGAUACUCUUUGUCAAGAUUUAAGUAAUCAACAAAAUCAAGAAAUUAAAUGUGAUGAAGUAAAAGAAGAUCAAAGUGAAGAACAAAACAUGAAUCGUAUGACGAAAUCUCGUGACAAUAAUUUGUUGGCCACUUGUUUGCCGCCGACAUAUGCUCGACAACCGCCCGACGGACGAGAAAUUACAUUGAAUUAUAUGGACUCGAAAAAUGUGAACAACACUAAUAAGAUGUCAUCACUUUCUUGUGAUUAUUAUGCAACUACUCCUCUGAUACACGAAGAUUCAGGUGUUUUCAUAGAGACUGACACUCCGAGUCCCGAAUUGGAGUUCACAUCAAUAAACAAACAAAUAGGACCCGGGCUGUCCAGUAUUGCCGUAACUCGAAUUAAAUAUAAGUUAACCGGUGAUCACUCUGAUGCAGACACCGGCGACACUGGCAUAACAUCAAUGUCUUCAGAUUCUAUGGAUGAAUUGGAUUCAUGUCCGUCACCUAAUUAUCACAUUAAGAAACAUAUAUUAGAUAAAAACCGUAAUCCUUCUUCCGAUUUCCAAUCGGAAACGGCAAUGAAUGGACAGACAAACGGAAACUGCAAAACAGAUAAAUGGUCUGAAAUGUCAAUUAGUUUCAGAGAAAAGAUUGCAAUGUUUGACAAUCAGAACCAAGAAGUUAUUGACGAAUGCGAUGAUAAAGAAAAUUUAAAAAAUGGUUCAUCUCUUAGAAAUGACUGCUCUUUAAAUAAUAACUCUUUUAAUUACGAGUUAUCGUCAUUUAAUGAGACCAAUGAUAUCAAGACUGACGGAUUUUCAUCUAAUUUAUUGGAUUCAACACAAAAUAAACAAAAUUUUAUCGAUAAAAGCAUUGAUUCGACACAUAAUGUAUUCACAACAAAGACUUCUUUCAUACAUAAAAAGUCUUCAUCUCUUUCCUUAUCAUCAGAUAAUACACAACAAAACAUGUGUUCUGUUCAAUAUAGCGGUCAUUUACAGCCAUCAUAUGUCAGAUAUUCCAGUUUAGGAUCUAAUACCAGUGACUCUUCACAGCAGAAUAAUACAAAUACUACUAAUAAUACUUAUUCUGGUAUUGGAGUCCACAAACCUUUAUUGAAUGGUUCUCUUUUGUCAUCGAUAUUAGAAACACGAAAACAAAAUGCAUCCAAACUUAAAGGUUUAGUAAUACCAGACGUUCCGACCACAACACAGCCGGCUGUUAGUAAAGCACUUCCAACUAUUUUUAGCAAUACAACUACCAGUUCUUUACUUAUGAUGGCCAAACCAGAGGAAGUAAGUACUUUGACAACAAAGAGUCAAACACAGAGUCAACCAAACAUUGCAGCAAACUUUUCCCUUCAAAGACAAACAUCUCUUUUAUCAGAACAGUGGGCAGACAACGCUUCAAUACCAAAAUAUUCGCCGGCAUUCAAGCGCCGUCAGCUAGAAAUGCCUCAUUCACUGACACAAUUAAACAAUGUCUCACAAGACACCACCGACUCAUUAACCUCGAGCUUCAAUCGUAGUAAUUCAAUGACAGGACAGGACCAACAAUUUCAGUUUUUAUUGUCACACAGUAAGCCAGUCAUACAUUUAAUGCCAGAAACAGCUGUCGGUUCCUCUAAUAUCGAUGGCACCAAUAGUACAAUGAAUACCUCUUCACUUGAAGAACAGUUAGCCCAGAGUUUUAGCGAUACAUAUAGACAUUCAUCUAUUCAAAGAAGAUAUUCAGCUGAUGUUUUUAAUUAUAGCAAUUCAUUAAAAUAUUCAUUAGAAAAGAGACCAUCAACUGAUUCAACAACUGAUAAAACUAUUUUUAAUCCUAUAAUGCAAUCAUCCGCUGGAAAUGGUUUUAAUAAUACUAUCAUUAAUACAAAUAAUAAUUAUUUUGAAAACACAGCCAAACCUCCACUUAUUGAACAAAAAAGUUCUCCGAUUUAUAGUUCAAAAAAUGAAUAUCUAUUACAUAAAAGUGUCUUAAAUUACAAUACAACUAAAACAUUUAGUUUGAAACCUAAUAAUGACGACGACUCAUCGACUAAAAGUCAUAAAACAUCUGAAGACUUAUUUAAUAGAGUGGAUGACUCGGCCUUUGAUACGACCUCUGAUUCUAUGGACCAGACAUUAAAUCAAGAGCUGACACAUCCUAAGGUGUUGGGCACACAACUGACUGUUUUGAAGAAUACAUUGGAAAAUGACAAUUUGUUGGUUCAAAAUGAUAGUAACUCGGAAUCAGUUAAGAACUUUAAAGCAUUGGCAGAACAAUGGGAACAGAGAAGUGGUAACGAAGAGACAGCACUUAAAGAAAUGGAUUUAAUCGAUGAGACAGACUCUCUCAAAACAACAGUACCUGAAAUAACAUCUGAAACUAUUUCUCCUAUUCUUUCGGACAACACUUCUGAUAACUUAAAUAAAACUUCAGUUUCCGUGACAUCAAACAGAAGUGUUAGUGAUAUCUGUAAAGUGUUUGAGACUAACGUCACCGAUAAUACCUCAGCUGUAAAAACAAAAAGUAACUCAAAUACGAGUUUAAAUUCACUUAAAAAUUUAAAUCAAAAUGAAUCGCAAAAUAUCAGUAAUAUUGAAAUUGAAAUACAAAAAGUUGAAUCAAGUUCUGAAAGUGAAGACCAAAAUAUUCAUCCAAUUAAUGGUAAUGAACCAAAUGAAACAAAUGAGAAAAAUAAGAAAAUAUCUGAAGAUAGACUUAAUGUUUGGGAUAAAGAAACAGUUGUCGGAAAUCAUAAGAGAAUGUCAUCCAUGGAUUCAUUGGCCAGUGAUUCUGGAGCCAGCAGUUCUGGUACUGCAAUUCGUUCACUUGGACAGAGAGCCAGCUCUAUCUCAAAUCUAAGAGAUUCACAGUAUGGCUCUGUAUCGUCAUUGGCUUCUUCAACAAGUAUUAUAUCACCACAAGAAUUGCAACAAUUGAUUGAUGAGGCGAACCAAUCACUUGAGUCUAAUGACAUUAAUAACCAUAAUAUACAAGUUGUUGUUCUUCAUCGCGAAUACAAAUCCAGUGGAAGUAUUGGUAUAACACUUGCAGGCGGUUCUGAUUGUGAAACAAAAGAGAUUACUGUCCAUCGGGUUAUUAAGGGUAGUCUUACAGAUCGAGACGGACGUAUCAAACAGGGAGAUCGCAUACUAUCUAUAAAUGGAAAAAUAUUAAAAGGUGUCACUCAUAAGGAAGCGUUGGAUAUAAUGAAAUCUCCUCGACCUGAAGUGGUCAUUGUGUUGUCCCGAUUAAAUCUUAACCUAUUAUCUGACAAUGGAUUUCAUUCACGACAGAGUAGUGCCGAUUUGAAUGAUUCGACUACCGGUGCCAACACAUACAACACUUUUAACGAUGAAAUUUCAUCUAUGAAUCGAGAUUCUGAUAAUAGUUGCGAAACAGGAAAUUAUAGGAUAUUACGGGCAGAACUUCACAAAGAUGUGGCCGGACUUGGAUUCAUAUUAGAGGGCGGAAAGGAUUCACCAAUCGGUGAUCGACCGCUUGCUAUCAAAAGGAUAUUUAGAGGCGGUCCGGCAGAUAAAGAAGGAACUCUUGUUUCUGGAGACGAAGUUCUGACAGUUAACGAACAUUCGGUCGCAAAUAUGACCCGAACUGAGGCCUGGAAUUUCCUUAAGAAAUUACCCGAAGGACCGGUAAUUUUGGUGAUCAGAAGGAAGAAGUAUUAAAAUAUAUGUAUCAUAUUAUAUAUUGAUAUGAUAUUGUGAUAUCUUUCACAAAUGUUAACAUUUAUACCGGUAUUGAUAUGCAUAG